UCAGCAGCAAGGGAUACCUUAUCAGCAGGCCCCGACCAGUCUAUGCUGUUGAGAUCUCAAACAACAGUCAUGGACCAGAGGCCCGGAGAAGCGGACGAGGCCUAUCAGGCCCGCAUGCUGGCCUGGAGUGCGGAGACUAAGAAACGGGCAGAUAACGCUGCAGCAGCAGCGAAGAAGAAGGCGGAAGAUGCAGAGCAGGCACGUCUGCUGGCACUUGAACAACAACACCAGCAUGACGAGGCAGCAGCAAGGGCUGCCGAUGAAGAAAGAAUACAGCGUCGUGAGAAGAUAUUCACUGGAGAGGGGGCGUUACUUACCAUGGCAGCGGCAUGGCGGACCGAGGCCGAGGAUGGCAAGUUGGAGGACAGCGCCAACAAGAUAGCACUCCUCCUCUCGCAUCUCACGGAUCUCCUAGCCACCUGCAUUACACAGCAGGCGGAGAUCCUUGGCCUCGACCCCUCGCUAGCUCAUCUCCAAGACCGCUUUCAGCGGUUGGAGCAGCGACCAGUCGCCGCCGCAGACGCAGGCUCUUCCAACACUACCGACCGCCUCAAUGCAUUGGAGAUGGACGUCGGCGCACUGAAGGAUGACAUACAAUCGCAGCAGACCGCGACACAGCAAUUGCAACAGCGGAUCUGCACUACCGCCACCACUUCGAGUACAGAACCGCGCGUGACCACUCCAAAGUUCGACGGGCAGGAGAUCUUCUGCGACUCAACGAAGACAGAUCCUAUUCCAUGGUUUCGCAAGUUCGAGCUCACGCUGCAGUUGUCCAACGUCAAGGAACACAAGCACCACGCCUACUUGUACUCUCGCUCAGGGGGCGCGUGCCAGGCCUGGUUGGACAACCUCCUGUCCAAGUACGGAGUGGUAGCUGCGGACUUGCACACCGUGAUCAGUUGGGAUGAUCUGAAGGCGGCGUGCCACAAGCGGUUCCAGGUGGAGCCGCCAGAGAUCAAAGCCAUGGACAAGCUCAUGGUCUUUGAGCAAGGCACGCUGCCGAGCUUGCCCAUUGAAAGGCAAGGGCAGACAGGGAAACUGAGCACCGCCGAGAGUGACUCGACGACACUCUCAACGCCUUUGGAACCGGUUUCUUCGCGAGUAGCCGACCUUCAUUCCGAGGCGCAUGUGGAAGUCGAUAGUCCUCCUCUUCUACUUUCUUUUGAGGACUAUGUUGCCCGGCUCGUUCCAACGUUGGGUACUCAAGCUCAAGGACAAGGAGUGUGUGCGGUUUCUUCUCCGUCUGACAACGGCGACAAUUCGUCUUCAAGUAGUUCUUCACGGGAUUCGGCGCGCGAGUUCAACAUAGAGGCAUUGGACCCGCUCACGUCUGAGGACUUUGCAUGGCUUCCUCUCCCGACCACCGGCCGAUUGUCGGGACCGCAAUGCGCAGCACUUAGCGCUAAUCUUCACACUUACCUAUCCUUCUAUGCACCACCAACUUCGCCGACGGAUGACGAAGUCGCGGUGGGGGACAUCUUGGCGUAUACUACCAAGGUGGCCCGUGAGUUUCGCACGCAGCGGUACGAUGACAACAACGCACCGCUGAUGUAUGUUCGCAUUCAGGUUGGGCAAGCGUCCUGCAGCGCUUUGCUGGAUAGCGGCGCGACUCGCAACUUCAUGAGCCAAUCCUUUAUGCAAAGGGCUGGCCUUGGCGCACAGGUUCGGAGGAAGGCAAACCCGACGGCGAUCAAGUUGACGGACGGUAAGACGCAGCAACUUCUCGACCGUUACAUCGAGGCCGUAUCGGUCUACUUCGCACCUCAUGCAUGCGAACCGGUCACGUUCGAUAUUCUCGACACGGACUUCGAUAUCAUUCUGGGAAUGCCUUGGCUUCCAAGUGCGGAUCACACGGUCAACUUCCAUCGGCGGACUCUUAGCGUUCGCGACGCCUUCGGCGCGGAAGUGACGUGCACUGUUCCUCUACCGCACUCUUCGAUCCGGUGCCAAGUGAUUGACGACGACCUGCGGAACAGCUUCAUCCGCGGCUACCAAGCCGACCCCGAGUUUCGCGACAAGUACGCGAAUUGUUCCUCGCCUAAUCCGUCUCCUUCUCACUACCGGAUCCAGGAGGGAUACUUGCUUGUCCACACGCGGGGGAAGGACCUUCUUUGCGUACCAAGUGAUCCUCACUUGCGUACACAACUUCUUGGCGAGUUCCACGAUGCUCCCGCCACUGGACACUUCGGGGUCAAUCGCACGAUUGGCCGACUUCGCCAGCGAUUUUGGUGGCCUGGCCUUCUCAGCGACGUCACGCACUAUUGCGAGUCUUGCGAGGUUUGCCGACGCUGCAAAUCCCGCAACCAUCGUCCGUACGGCGAGCUACGACCAUUGCCGGUCCCGUUGAGGCGAAGGGAAGCGAUUGCCAUGGACAUUACCGGCCCGUUCCCCAAGCACAAGACCGGAGUGGAUGGGAUUCUCACGGUGGUCGACCGACUCACCAAGUUCGCCAUGUUUUUGCCUUGUAGCUAUCAUGCCAAGGCACUGGAGUUGGCCGAGGUUCUGUACGCCGGUUGGAUUCGCACCAAGGGUUACCCUAAGGAGAUCGUCUGUGACCGCGACACUCGGUUCAUGUCCGAUUUUUGGUUGGCACUCAUCAAACGAUGGGGCUUAUCUCUCAAGCCCAGUUCAGCUCGCCACCCUCAGCCCCGACCAGAAAGACUGGGUUAAGCGACUGCCGGAUGUCGAGUUGGCCUACAACUCUUCCAUCCACCCGGCUAUUGGGAUAUCGCCCUUCGAGUUCAAGCACGGCUCGC